AGACCCGUUGGAGCACUGAGGUCACAGGGCACACCACUACCCUCAAAUCUGGAGACAGAUGAAUGGAGAGAAUUACAGUCAGAAUCAGCAUACCUAGAGCAGAAACUGCUGGAGCCACAAACUGACCACCAAGGAGCCACCACCAACCCAGGAAAGAGCAAAGGAGCCUGAGGACACAUGUCACAUGCAGACAUGCCCCACGGUGAUUGUCCCGCAUGGGUGCCAAGGAUGCAGGAUGAAACGGAUGGAGGGAAAACUGGAUACUUUGUGUGACUUUGUUCAGCGCUACAGCCAGGCACCAUUGAUGUGGUGCCCGCCCAGGGCCAUGGUGUUUUGAGGUCUGGGAACAGUACAGCCCAGUAGGGACCCAUAGCUCCUGGAAGGAUGGUUCGGAUAUUGGCCAAUGGGGAAAUUGUGCAGGAUGACGACCCCCGCGUGAGGACCACUACCCAACCACGCAGUAGCACCCCUCGACAGAGCUUUCUCAGUAGGGGUCAUGGUGCCCCCCUGGGGGGUCCUGGCCCUCGCCAGCAGCAGGUGGGAGCCAGGCUGGGUGCUGCUCAGUCCCCCUUCAAUGACCUCAACCGGCAGCUGGUGAACAUGGGCUUCCCCCAGUGGCAUCUUGGCAACCACGCUGUGGAGCCGGUGACUUCCAUCCUGCUCCUCUUCCUGCUCAUGAUGCUCGGCGUACGUGGACUCCUGCUGGUGGGCCUUGUCUACCUGGUGUCCCACCUGAGUCAGCGAUGACCUCUGGGGGCUGCCGGGGCAGGUGUGUGGGAGAGGGAGCUGCUGGGCCUUGGUGUGAGAGCAGGCACACUGGGAGGGGCUCCAGUGGUGCCUUGAAGGUGUGCUCAGAGAAUGUGUUUCCACGUUGUGUUAAGCAUGAGGCAGAGGGAGCCUCUAGUCCAACAUUCCCAAAGGAUUGGGUGAUACCCUCAUUCCCUUAAGAUUUGUUUAGAUAGUGUCAGGCAUUAAGCACAAAGUCAGAACAAGGAAAGGAUUCCCUUUCCAGUUCUUUUCCAAUCCUUUUAUGCCAAGAAGAAAUUCUCCACCAGGUGCCAGUAUAUUCUCAUGCCUCUGGAACAUGGGCUGACUCCUCCGAUACUAGGGACCAGGCCUUGGGCUUAGGGUAGGUGGGAAAAGUUUCCAGACUUUUAUAGGUCCGUUUUGUUUUAGUGGUAAAUUUUUAUUGGCAACCUUUUAUUUAUGACAAGUGAUACUGGCAUUCUACUUAUUGUGGUGGCAUUUUCAAUAAAGAAAUUUAAGUAAAAGUGA